CAGUACUCAUUUGUCUACUGUUAAAGAUAAAAUGGGCACUAAGCCACUGGCGUGAAAGUGAUCGAGGAAGAGAGCCGGAAAAAUGGAGAAAUAUUUCGGAAAUCCUUAUCGCGGUGAUCCUGGCGUGCCACACACCGAUCCCGAACGCUUUGCAAACAUCUGGAUUGGCUCAUUCGCCUUCUCCGCCCUCGCCUUCUUCAACCCUUACAUGUGGCAGCUGUCCAACCAAUUCAACUGGCAUGACAAGGCCAUGCUGUUUGAGCACUACCAUUGGAAGAAAGCCAAGGAGAAAGGGGAGCCAUAUCAGUUCAAGUGGAACCAGUACAUGAGCAAGCCGCUGCGUGACUCAUACUACUUCAAUUGGCCUGUUUACUUCCCAUAGAAGUAUUAGUUCUUAUUCAUCUUUCAGCCCUAUAGGAAACCCGUGCCUGCAUUAUUUUGAAUAGAGCUGAAAAUGGUGAACUUAACAACAGCAAUAUCGUACGGGUUUGGAUGCAAAUUGGUGAUGGGCUAAAAGUUGUCGGCCGAAAGAAGCCAAUAAACAAAGUGGUACAAAUUGUUUCAUAGUUUUUGCGUUUAGGAACUUUUUUGCUUAUCAGGCUUUUCUCAUCAUCUUGACUGUCAUUUUCAACCAUUUUGUAAGUGCAUGAAUCAGAUUUUGCUUUAUGUGAUGGGUGUAUUAGUUUCUAAAUGAAAUAAUUGAUGUUAGAUUCA